GUUUACCACUUUGACAAUAAAUCAUUAGGUGAAAGUUAUAAUUCUCACAAUGCAGUGCACAAGAAUUCUUAGAGCUGCACAACGUGCAAAUCUUACUGGUUUCGACCCAAAAGCAUUAGCUGCCGCUUCUGGUAAAAAUGCAGGCGACCCAUGGGCACGACGUGAGGCUUGGAGAUACCAAGGACAAUACUCGAGGCGGAACCGAUUUUCGAACACCUUCCCUGGAUUAGGCAUUGCGACGGUAGCUUUUGGAGCAUAUUGCGGAUACGAAUACUUCUUUUUGGCGGACGAACAUCAUGGACAUGCAGAGGGUCACAGCGAUGGACAUCACUAAAGAAUGAAUGGAUGGAAAGUCGUUGUACAUAUGGGUUGAAUUUUAUCCUUGGGACUGAUCCCCUCAUUCUCAACAAGUACUGCGCAUGCGACAUGUAUAUGGAUAUGAUAUGAAUUCUCUAUUUCACUGUGAGGAGGCAAAAAAUUGACGACUCGCUUCCCACAUAAUGGGCAAUGUAUUGGUAAGCAGCGACGGGGACAAGCGCCCUAUGUUUUCGAAAUCCAUUGUGCAAGUGUCCAAUGAUCAAUUUAUUGAUAUCAUGUUUUUCCGUGGCUCGAUCAAUACCAGACUUCGGAUUCCAUCGGGUUGAAUUGGAGAAACAGGGGGAUUUUACCAUAGUGAACAGGAAAGGAGGGAAGUUAUUCGCAAAAUGAUGUUGAAAAUUGCUAAACACAUUCGUUGAGUACAUGUUGAGGUAACAAGAACAUGUCUACCGUGAGAAGCCGAAGUCAAAAUUCAAGGAUUGAGUUGGGACAACACAACGAUUAUCCGGGAUGGCGGGAAAGUGGAUCAAGACUGGAUUGAAAGUGUUGAUUGAAUAACAAACGGCCAAGUGCUUCUGAGGCUUGCGGCACGAUUCCUUGAAUAGUAUGCCCCGUUGAUACCGAAUAUACCCAUUUAUCACCCCCAGAAAGGUCAAGAGAAAGAACACGCAAAGUGAAGCAACUCGAUUUCUUUGGCUUGAAGCAAUCUCCCAUCGACCGGCGUCUUUCAUAAUUAUCUCUCAAUAUACCAUGUAGCA